AUGUCACCUACUCCCAUCUGCUUUGUUGAUUGCAUAGACCUUCCCUACGUUAUUCCUGUGUGCAACUUGUAUCUGAGGCGAAAGCAGACCCAAUACAAACCAGGCGAAUGCUUCUCCUUUGACGGAAAGCAAGUGCCACGGCACUUGGUGGUCGACGUCUUCGAGAAAGUGGGCACUGCCCAGGUGAGCAUCUCGGACCUCUCGAACUGCAAAGAUGGCGGACUAGUGCAGGUGCAAGGAAGGGAUGGGAACAUUGUUCUGGACAUGCAGGCCAAGGCUGACAGCACUAACAAUACUAACAAUCGUCAAAACUUGUGCGCGCUGGUCCGUUCGCAGAUCCCGGAGCCAAAGAAGCGAGUCUCCCGGCACCAGGCAGCCAUUGAUGCUCAGCAGUAUCUAGAGGCCCACUCCGUCCAGCGGGUGUUGCAGGGAAUGGUGCAUGAGCUCCUGUCCAACCGACCCUCGGAUCCCUAUUCCUUCAUGAUGGGCUAUAUCCAGGCAAGCCAGGCAAACAGACCAAUGCCAGUACCCUCACCACUCCUUCCGGGCAGAGGUGAGGAGGACGACGACGUGAAUAUUGAUUUGCCUGACUGGUCCAGCAUGCCGGGUCGCGGUGAUGCGGAGUACCCUGGCUUCGCAUCAGACGGUUCACAGCCGCUUCCAGUUUUGUCUCGUCACCACAGCACGCUCGCUCGUGUCCUUGCAGAGCAGCCCAUGCUGUACGAGCAGCUCAAGGACGUGCGCACCCCCAAUGGGGUAGCUCUGGCACAAUGCAUCAAGCCUGGGAUUGAUAACAAAGGGCACGCGAUCUUCCGCACACUUGGGCUCGUCGCCGCAGACGAGACCUGCUUCGAGGUUUUCGAGCCCCUCUUUCGGUCCGUUGUGGACAGGUGGUAUGAGAGCAUCUUGCACGAUGUGCAGCUGCCGAGUGCCAUAGACACUCGCCAGGCAAACUUGUCUUUGAGCUCACCGGGGGGCAAUCUGCUGUCCAUACAGGUGACGUGUAGCCGCAAUAUUCGAGGCAUCCAAAUGCCACCAUCUGCUCAGAGAGAGGAGAGGAAAGAGGCCGAGCGAAUUGUGGUUGACGCUUUGUUCUCAGCGCAGGACCAGGACGAGCUGUUGAAGGGGGGGGAGUACUUCCCUUUGCGCGGCUCGGAGAGUUUUCCGCCGAAGCCGAAGGGGAUGUCCCUGGAAUCCGAGCAGAAGCUCAAGGCCGCUGGUGAACUUCUCGAAGAACCCCAGUCGGGCCUGCUUCUCUCCAGUGGCCUUGGCAGACAUUGGCCCGAGGCACGAGGUGUUUUCACCAACGGUAGCGGCAUGGCCGUCUUCGUGAACGAGGCAGACCACAUUCGAAUGGCGUACCGCGUAACAGAUGGAGAUGUUUGGAAGGCGGUGGAUGCGACACUCCGUGUCGAGCGAGCCAUCAGCACCGCCUUAGAGGCCGGUGGCCGCUGUUUCAGCUCCUCGGGCUUGGGUUUCUUGUCCCAUUGUCCGACAAAUGUAGGCUGUGCAAUGCAGGCAAGUGCCAAGCUGCUUCUCCCCAAACUGUCUGCCGAUGAGCCGAAGCUGAAGGCGUUAUCCAAACAGACGGGUCUGUUUCUCUCCCGACGACGGGAGUUGAGCGAAGAAGGUGAGAGGAUGCCUGUUUGGGAGGUCACUGUCGCGCGAACAGUGAACUCGUCUGUAGAGACGAUUGCUGGCACGCUAGCUGCUGGCUGUCGGAAGCUGCUGGCUGAGGAGUUGGGCGAGGUCAGCCUCGAGGCUCAGGCCAGUGAUGGCCACACGGAGUUUCCCAGAGAAAGCUGUCCGACGGAGAUGCCGGACAUCAGUGGCAGGCACAGCCUCGCUGCUGAAGUCCUUCGAAGAGACCCGUCCAUCUACGAAAAGCUUAAGGAUAGAUGUACGCCGAUGGGGGUUUCUUUUGCGACCUGCAUAAAGACUUGCUUUGACAACAUUGGCCACCGAAUGAUCAAGUCAGUCGGUGCAGUCGCAGGCGAUGAACACUCGUACGACACCUUCAGCUUGCUCUUUGAUGACAUCAUAAGGAUGCGGCAUCCGAAUUGGUCGGGAUACCGGCACAGGACGGAUACUGAUGCAUGGAAGAUCUUGGACAUGCCUGAAGCAGGCGAUCGGACUGUUUUUGCCCGAAUACGGGUGAGCCGCAAUUUGCGCGGUUCACGUAUGCUGCCGGCCUGCAAUGUGGAUGAGCGUCGGGCUGUGGAACAAAUUCUGGCCCAUAGUUUGUCCGCUUUGACCGGCACAUUGCAGGGUGAGUAUCUUCCUUUGAGUGGAUCGCAGAGCUACGCAGCCAAACCUGGUGGCAUGAGUGAGGACGAGGAAAUGGACUUGCACGCAGAGGGCCUUCUCUUUGAAGAGCCAGACUCCUCGGUGUUGGUCUCCUCCGGAUAUGCUAGAGAUUGGCCUGACGCUCGCGGAGUGUUCGUUGACGACCAGCGCAGCUUUGCAGCCUUCGUUAACGAGCUGGAUCACCUCCGGGUCACCGCCACUGACAUGUCGAGCCGACCCAGCUUGAAAAACAUGUGUGAGCGUGUGUUCUCAGUCCUUGCUGCCCUUGAGGCGGAUCUGGACUCGCAGGGCUUGGCCUUCGCGCGGGAUGACCGUCUGGGUUUCCUGGGGCCGGAUCCCUCGCUUCUGGGGACCUGCCUGAUUGCGAGUGUGGCUAUUCGCCUUCCGCUUCUCAGCAAGCAGCCUGAGUUUCGAAACCUCUGCCAGCAGCUAAAGCUGCAAGCCAGCCUUUGUGCCAACACGGAGAUGGGCUUGCAUCAAGGUGUGUGGGAGGUCCAAAACUCUCUCCGCCUGGGGUCUUCGGAAGUGGAGCAGGUCAAUGCCGUCAUCGAGGCAUGCCGUGCGCUUCUCGAUCUUGAGGCUAGGCUCGAGAUGGGUGAGAAGCUCCAGCUUGUGGAAGACAUGGAUGAGGAUGUCGAUUUAGGUGCUGUUCCAAGAACUUCGGGAAAAGAGGUGGUGCCCGGCACCGGAGACGUCGAGUUCCCGGGAUUCCCAGCAGAUGAGUGUCCAAGAGAUGCGCCGGAUCUGUCCAGGCACCACAGUAUCAUGGCAGAAGUCCUCACCUCCGAUCCUUCCAUCUACUCCAGGCUCAAGGACCUCCGAACGCCCUUGGGAGUGUCCUUGGCUAGAUGCAUCAAGCCUGGCGUGGACAAUGUUGGGCACAGCUUCUUCCGUGUCAUCGGAGCAGCGGCCGGGGAUGCGCACUGUUAUGAUGUCUUCCAGUCGCUGUUUGACCCAAUCAUCAUGGCAAGGCAGAAUCUGUCUCAUGUCGGUGCACUUCGCCACGCUCAAAGUUCGAAGCCAGAGGACCUUUCCACCCAACUCAGCGGAGCUGGAGAGACGGUGGCCAGUGUACAGGUGUCUGUGCAGCGGAACUUGUUGCGAUUCCGAUUUACGCCGGCCAUGUCGUUGGAUGAUCGGCAGAAGGUUGAGAAAGUUCUCUGUGCGGCCCUGGCUGCCCUUCCCACGGAGCUUGCCGGCGAGUACGCGCCCCUCAGAGGGUCGACCUCCACAAGUUCAAGGCCCGGCAUCUCGGAGGAGGAGGAGGCGAAGCUGCUGGAGCGCAAGUGGCUCUUCGAGGCUCCAGAUGCGCCAUCGAUCCUGGCGACUGGGAGGGCGAGACACUGGCCCCAGGCUCGGGGGGUGUUCGUGAGCCACGACGAGAAAGUUGCAGCAUGGAUCAAUGAUGAGGAUCAUCUGAGACUGAUGGUGAGACGGCAUGACAGCGACCUGAAGGCCGCUUUCAGCAGUUUGUACGCCGCAGAGAAGGCACUGGCACAGUCCUUGUCGCAGUUGGGACACAGUUUCGCUAGAAGUGACCGUCUGGGCUUUUUGACCUGCUGCCCAAGCAAUCUUGGCGCAGCUUUCCGUGCGAAGGUCAGGGUGACUCUGCCUCUCCUGGGGCAGCACGACGGGUUUUCGGAUCUAGUGCGUGCUCUUGGAGUGCAGGCCAAGCGGGUGGUCCGAGGACCGCUUGAAGGAGUCUGGGACAUUUCCAACGUAGCGGAGCUCAACACCUCGGAAGUGGAGCAGGCAAACAGUCUCAUUGCCGUGGUGAGAAAGCUUCAUGACUUAGAGCUCCAGCUGCGGUCGGGGCAGAUUCUGGAUCUCGCCACGGAGGCAGAGAACUUCCGCUUGUCCUUGCUGAAGGCUCCCCAAGACACUUCUGGCCUUGGAGCUGACGAGGUGCCCGGCUUUCCCGUUUGCGAAUGUCCGGAGGAGCUUCCGGAUCUUUCAGGCUUCAACAGUAUCCUGGCGGAGCUGCUCAAGCGAGAUCCGGAGCUUUAUAGCAGGCUUCGCAAUGUCAAGACGAGCAAAGGAGUGUCACUGGCGCGAUGCAUCAAGCCUGGUAUGGACAACAAGGCAAGAAAUGCCAUCAGGAGCAUCGGAUUGGUUGCCGGAGAUGCAGAAAGCUAUUCUGUGUUUUCGCCGAUCUUUGUUCCAGCUCUCAGCGCCGCAAGUGGCUACCAGGGCCCUCGCCAUCCGCAAGUCUUGGAUCCAGCCUGUGUCAGCCCAGCGACUUGUACAGGACAUGUGGUGGGCGCGCGGGUGGAGGCGUCGCGAAAUUUGGCAGAUUUUUGCUUUCCAUCGGCAAUGACUCUCGAUGCACGAGCUGAGCUGGAGCGCAUCGUGACGAAGGUUAUGCUCCAAUGGGAGGGUGACUUAGCCGGCGACUACCUGCCUCUCAGCGGCUCCGGGUCCUUUGUGGCCAGUGCUGGCGGUAUGACGGCAGAGGAUGCAGCCGACUUGGAGAAGCACGGGUUGCUUUUCCAAGCUCCAAGCUCCGCGAUGCUCCUGUCAUCUGGCAUGGGCAAGCAUUGGCCAGAGGCACGUGGUGUUUACGUCAACAGCUCCAAGGACAUGGCCAUUUGGGUCAACGAGGAGGAUCAUCUCCGCUUGAUCACAACGGCAAGCAGCCCGCAAAAAGCAUUUGAUCGCUUCUGCACGCUGGAAGGUUCUUUGAAGCUGGGGCUGCAGCAUGAGGGUCUCAACUUCGCAUCUCACGAGGUAUUCGGAUUCCUGACAUCUUGUCCUUCAAAGGUUGGCACUGGUGGCUUCCAGGUGACGCUGCAACUGAAGCUGGCCCUUGUAGAAGAUGCGGAGGACAGGCACUUCGAGGAUGUGUCCACUGAGAUUGAGAGUCAAGGGGUGCUAAAGAUGAAGGCAGCUGCCAAAAUGGGUCAAUCGGAAGCAGACAUGGUUCAGGCAGUUGUUUCGGCAUGCGAACAGCUGAUUGCCGAGGAGAUCCAGCUGGCUAAGGGUAGUUGA